AUGUCCCGCAACACCUGGGACCGCGAACGGUUCAUGUACGAGCGGGAUCGCGACCGAGACCGUUAUGAAGACGACGACCGCUACUACAGGGGCGGCUCAAAAUACCGAGAACACUCGGCUGACGAGCGCUACGAGCGCCGCCCAGAGAGACGGCCCUUUGAGGACGAGGUUGUCAUCCGCGAUUCCCGCAAGGUCUACUACGACGAACCCGAGCCGAGGUUCGCCCGCCACCGAUCACCUCCACCCGAUCUCGAGCGCGACCGCCGUGUUGUGAUUGAGCGCGAGAGGCAGAGAGUGUCCAGCCCUUCACCGCCAAGCAGGCCGGCGUUCCUCCGGAGACAAUCCAGCCUCGACACAUUCGACAGGCGGCCUAGAGGCUACCACUACGAGGACGAGGAAAGGGAGAGGUACGGCCCGCCUGCAAGGCGCGAAGACUUCCGCCCCCGGCCUUAUGAGCCUAUCCCGCUGCCUCGUACUCGCGCCUUGCCUCCCCCGAGGAGGUUUGCCGAGCGUGACUCCUUUGACGAGAUCCGUGUGAGCGACCCGGACUACUAUGGCGACGAGGAGUACCGGUCCUACCCGGAGCGCGUGCGCGAGCGGGAGAUCAUCCGCACCAAGAGGCGAGACCACAGCCCGGCCCACACCCACCGGUCCAGUCGCACCCGCAGUCACCGCGGCAGCACCGUGCGCAGCAGCUCCCGCUCAUCCACCACCACCAGCAGCUCCGGUAGCAGCAGUGGUGGUACCACUGUCACUGUCAAGAGCGAAUAUCCCAAGAAGGGCAAGACUCGCAUUCCAGCUCGCCUGGCUUCCAAGCGGGCGUUGAUCGACCUGGGCUACCCAUUCGUUGAGGAGGGUAACACAAUUGUGGUGCUGAAGGCCCUUGGCCAGGAAAACAUCGACGACUUGCUCAAGCUCAGCGAGGACUACAAGAAGAGCGAGCUUGAACUUACCGGCGGACGGUCCGAGGCGGGCAACAUUAUUGAAGAAAGGCGAGAAGAGACCAUCGUCCAUGCGCCAGCGCCGCCGCCGUCGCAUCACCCAUCCAUGCACGCACCACCACCUCCUCCGAUGAUGCAUGGGCCCCCUCCGACUAUGCAUGGGCCUCCACCACCCGUCAUGAUGCCCCCUCCGCCUAUUGCUCACCCACCUCCGAUGUUCCACGCGCCGCCGCCUCCCCCGCCGCCUGCAGAGGUGGUGGAGAAGACCACCGUCAUCCGUGACGUUUCGCCCGCUCGGUCGUACACGACCACCACAUCCGGAACGACGCACACGUCGCACACGUCUCGCACGCCUUACAUUGUCGAUGUCCGACGUGAGGAGGUCUCCGAGGAUGUCCCCGUCGGGGCGAUGGCACUGGUCAAGUCAGACCGCCACCGCUCGCGCUCCCGGUCUGACCGGGACAUACGGCACGAGAUCCGCGAUCUCGAGCGACAGCUUGACCGGAAGCGCCACGGCGAGCGCGAGCUAGUCAAGGCAGAACGGCUCAGCAGCGGAGAGCUGGUGCUGUACGAGGAGCAAGUGGAGAGAAUCGAGGAGCCGCGGCGCGGGGUGCGCAUCGAGAAGGACAAGAAAGGCCCUCCGCCUGGCAUCGUCAAGGCAAUGCUGGCAACCCUCACUUGA